AUGUCAGAACUACUACAAGAGAUCCAAAAGAAGCUGGUCUUCCCCAUCGACUUUGCCAGUCAGCGCAAAACAGAUCAAUUGGUGUUUAGGACCCUCUUUUUCGGGACGGUAACGGCCAGUUUGAUCGGUUUUUUCACCCAGUCGUUGUUAAACUUGAUAAUAUGCUUUGGUGUAACUUUCGCGCUGUGUCUGGUUGCAGUACUUCCUAGCUAUCAUGCAUACAACAAGCAGCGUCCUGAAUGGGUCAAGCCCAAGAUUCGGGCCUAG